AAUUUGUCCACCCUAAUGAUUUUACCUCUUUAAUACUUUCCAUAACUUUCAUUUUCAUGUCGGCAUAUUAAUACAUACUUUCACAAAACUGUUAUUAUAUAUAUGUAUAGAUAUCGUGUGAAGCACAUUAUAUCAUGAGUAAAAAAUUUCCUCCAUUUUAGAAUUGGUUUAUAAUUCAAUUAAAAAAAUAAAUAUCUAAACAAUUAUUUUAAAAACAUUUUGUCUACCAAAAAAAAGAAGAAGAAUUUCAAAAAGUUUUUAAAAGGGAGAGGCGGAAAGUUUUGUGGCAAAAACAACUUUCGGAUAAAAAGAAAUUUAAAUAUUAUUAAAAAAGACAACGAAAACAAACAGUCUCCUCCUUCUUGAGGGACGUCUGAAAAGCCGAGAAGAAAAAGAAGAAGAAGACAAGUGUUGUUGUGAUAGUUUGAUUCAUCCUCCUAAAAAAUCCGAUCACCUCAACUCGACGUUUAAGUCAUCAUCAUCAUCAUCAUCAUCAAAUGGGAGCUCAUUGCUCUAAGUUCUCUUCUUGUUUGUUCCAUUCCAACAUCAAAUCCUCUUCAGUCCUCGAAUCUCCCGAUCUUGAAAAUGGAGGGAAACAGAUGUGGCCGAGUUUCAAAGAAUUCAGAUUAGAGCAGCUGAAAUCUGCGACCGGCGGUUUCUCCUCAGACAACAUUGUGUCGGAACACGGCGAGAAAGCUCCCAACAUCGUUUACAGAGGCAGACUUGACGAUGGACGUUUAAUCGCAGUCAAACGCUUUAACCGCCUCGCCUGGGCCGAUCACCGACAGUUUCUGGAUGAAGCGAAAGCUGUUGGGAGCUUGAGGAGCGAUCGACUUGCGAAUCUGAUAGGAUGCUGUUACGAAGGCGAGGAGAGGUUACUCGUUGCCGAGUUUAUGCCUCAUGAAACUCUUGCAAAGCAUCUUUUUCACUGGGAGAAUCAUCCGAUGAAAUGGGCGAUGAGACUAAGAGUUGCUUUGUGUUUAGCGCAAGCAUUGGAGUACUGUUGUGAUAAAGGGAGAGCUUUGUAUCAUGAUCUCAAUGCUUACAGGGUUUUGUUUGACAAGGAUGGGAAUCCGAGGUUGUCUUGCUUUGGUCUCAUGAAAAAUAGCAGAGAUGGCAAGAGUUAUAGCACAAACUUGGCAUUUACUCCUCCAGAGUAUCUACGAACUGGUAGAGUGACACCAGAAAGUGUAGUGUUCAGUUUUGGAACUGUUUUGCUUGAUCUCAUGAGUGGUAAACAUAUUCCACCAAGCCAUGCGCUUGACCUGAUCAAGGGAAAGAACUGUGCAAUGCUAAUGGAUUCUGCUCUCGAGGGUCACUUCUCAAACGAAGAUGGAACUGAGCUAGUACGGUUAGCCACACGUUGUCUACAGUACGAAGCUCGAGAAAGGCCAAAUGUGAAGUCUCUCCUCACUUCACUCACCCCACUCCAGAAGGAAACUGACGUACCUUCAUAUGAUCUUAUGGGCAUACCACAUGAAACCGAGGACGAGGAAGAGCAGCAGCUUUCACUGACUCCCUUUGGUGACGCGUGCUUGAGAGUAGACCUUACGGCUAUACACGAAAUACUUAGUAAGAUGGGAUACAAGGAUGAUGAAGGAAUCGCUAACGAGCUCUCGUUUCAAAUGUGGACCAACCAGAUGCAAGAAUCUCUCAACUCGAAGAAGCAAGGCGACGUAGCUUUCCGUUCCAAAGAUUAUACUACCGCAGUCCAUUGCUAUACUCAGUUCAUAGAUGGAGGAACAAUGGUGUCACCAACUGUUCACGCAAGGCGUUGCCUGUCGUAUCUGAUGAACGAGAACGCACGAGAGGCUCUGACCGAUGCAUUGCAAGCACAGGUUGUGUCUCCAGAAUGGCCAACCGCGUUGUAUCUACAAGCGGCUUGCUUGUUCAAGCUCGGCAUGGAAACCGAUGCCCAGCAAGCUCUUAAAGACGGUACUACAUUGGAAGCCAAGAAGACCAAUAGACGUUGAUAAAAUGUUUUCAAAAAGAGCUUUUGUAUAGGCUUAUUUUGUUUCCUCUCUCUCUCUCUCUUUCUCUCUCUCACUCAUCUCUCUCCAUCUAUAUGCAUAUUCUUCUUCUUCUUCUUUGUAUUUAUUAUGAAUUAUGAUGUUAAUGAUUGUGGUUUCUGGUUUGUCUCA